GAAUCAAGUGAUCCUUCUGCAAGGUGGAGAGAAGAAAAAGCAACGGACUAUUUCUACAAGUCAAAUACUCAAAAAGCUUAUGAAGAAGUUCCUUGGGAUAACAUAUUACCUUCCAAAAUCCAGCCUCCAGAAUCAACAAUGGAGGUGUUGGCUGAUCCUGUUUCCCAGUGUUUCACAAAAAGGAGAUACAAUCCUGAACCUGAAAUAAGUCAAGUUGUUGGAGGCUUCUGGGACAGAUUUCAAACAAGAUCUUUUACCUCUCCACAGAGACCUGUUGAUUUUGUAAGCCGAAGCUCUCGAAUCUGUCAUAUCCCUUUGUAUACUGGCUGUGUUGGUGCAGUAAAUUUUGAAGACAUUGACAAUGCUGAUGUAGACUUAAUCCCACUUAACCAUGUGCGAACUUCAAAGCCUCGCUACACAAGCACUGCACACACUCCAAAUAUCCCUGGAUACACUGGCAAGGUUCAUUGGUCAGCCACCCACCCGGCAAAUUCUAAUCUUCCAUCAACAACCCCAUCAAUAAUUGCACGAAUGCAUGGAUACAUAGCAAAACAUGGAAGCUCGUCUCAGUAUAAUCACCAGGGACCUUUUUCUCAAAUGGUGACUCCAGUUAGUCCUCAGAAUUCUUUCAACAAGAGGGAACGAGAAACUAUUACAGUUUAG